UUCCUUACCGAGUUGAGUGCAGCUCAUGUUCCGACUGCCUGAAUUGGCGAUGGGACGGCUCGCAUCCCUCUAUGUAACUCUAAAGCUUAUUCCUAGCUAGCCAGCAGUUAGGAUUCCCACGGCCAUCUCUGCUCGAAGCAGGUCGACUCCUCAUUUUUGCGAGCACCGCAACGCUCACUGACGGAUGGGACGUUGGAAGCAGUGGAACGUUACUCUAGUAACCAAGGAAGUCUUUGUCUUUGGGCUUGGUCAAAGGCAAUUAAUAAUAAAUGCAUUGGCAUUGUCGUGUCCUGAUCAGAAGAAUCCAACAGGUGCCGUAGAACUGAUCCAGGAUUGGGCAAGGGGUUCCGGCAGGAUCAACAGCUAGAGUGAUUACUGUAGCUAGGUGAAUUGGAUUGCAACAAACUAAAACGCUCACUGCUUCAGCUCGGUAUCACCAUGGUUGCGACGGGCAAAGCCGAGCCCAACAAACGGCAUGAUAAGGCCCCAGCAACGCCAACCACGCCUGUGGAGAAGCCGGUCAAAAUCGUCGUAAAACGAAACGAAGCUGCGGUGGCAUCAGGAGCGGGCAUUAUUAAUACGGAAACCGGCGUUUCUCGCCCGAGUUUCCAUCCUCCGAUUCCUCAGACGUCAUCCGCUGUCCGACUUGACCUAAGUGGAUCGGCGACAUCUGCUUUUCGUGUUGUAGAGCCGAGAGAAGGGCGCCGAAAGUCAUUCACUCCCACGUCCCUGCCCGUAGCACCUCGAGAUGUCCCUCGUGGAGCCAUGGUGCGGCGGACAUCCUCGGACGAUUCAGGUCUUGUCGCAGUUAGCAGACGUAUCAGUGCGCAGCUCAACACAAAGCCAAUCACUCCAGUUCCCUUAGCUGGACGGAGCAUGAUUGCUCCCCCCAAGCCAACAACAUCAUUUCGUAGACAAGGACGAUAUUCUGGUCCCGCAGACGCGGCGAUCGAAGACGCAUCUGCAAACAACAGCUUCUCGUCUCCUGGACCAAGUGAAGCGACUAUUAAUAGCUCGAACACCAGUACUGGGAUUGUCAAGGUUACUCCCCGUCACUUGAUCACUAGCAACAAACAGCGCCACAGUCCUAUCAAGGAGACACCGAAUUCUCCAUCAACUCCCGUCAUUGCCAAUACGUCGGGGUCGGGGUGGCUACAGCAUCAGAAAGAACCCUUUCAAAGAAUACUCCCUGUAUCGCCACCCGUUAGUCCCCGACAACACAUGCUCAGCGGUAUGACACUUCCGCAAGUACAAACGAGUCCAGGACGACCUUGUCAGAGUCCGCCAAUGUCACCACCACUGAGCCCUUUAGAGUUGGAUGGAAGCAUUGUUGCAAGUAUAGAUAGCAGUGAUUGUAUGGGUCAACACUUAUCCGGCCCCAGCACGUCGCCUCCCAUGAGUCCCUUUCAAGCCGAUGCCAUGCUAGCCAAACUCAACAAGGACGCCCACUUAGUUCCAGUGUCUCCUCCGAUAAGCACGCUGAAAGUAUCCUGCAGUCCUAGUAUGAUGGAAUCUGCUUUGUCGAUUCCCUUACCAAUGACCCCCACAACACCGUCAUCAGGGAUCACUCCAACACAUCCGGAGAAACCUAGACAUAUCAUUGAUCGAGUGCAGCCCCGGGACCUCGUUCCCAAGCACGAUCAUCAGGACUCCAGCAAUAAGACGAGGCAAAAGGAGUCAGCAUCGUCGCCAAGACCCAUGUCACCGCCCUUAUUGAAUAGAACGAAGAUUGCCAACAAGAGUGCGUGGCUCCAGCAUUCAAAAGAACCCUAUCAGCUAGAACAACAGGAGAUCAUGGCGCAACACCACCAACAACCCACGUCGCCGCCCAUUAGUGAUGCCAACUUUGUCACGUCGUCCGAAGUUGGGGCUGCUUCAAUGGACCUAAUGACGAUUUCACCAACUUCGUCCUCCAGGCCAACUCUGAAAAUGACAAAGACAUUGCUGGAAGAGCUAAGACAAUCGCAAACCGGCAAGGCAAUUUCACGCCAAAAGAGGAAAAAGAAGAAACGCAAAGCUUCCAGCAGUCGCCGAGAACGUCUGCUGAUGUCACAGCUCCACAACGCACAGCAGGUGGUGCGUAUUAUUUUGAAAGGCACUGGAGAUCCCAAUAUUGAAUCUAUGGAUUUUGGUCCUCAAGCGUGCUACGAGGCCAUCCGGGUUUACGCCUUGUUGAAAAUUGAGAGCGAAGGCUGUUUAGCACAAUUGAAGAACUCCAAGCAACAACUCAAAGAGCUUUACUGCGAGUGGAAAUCUUUGCGAAAGGAGAUGCAAGAAGAACAUCACAACAGAGCGUCGCAAGCUAACACCAUCGUGACACACGAUUCCUUAGCUGUGCUGCAACAGUUGCUGAGCGACGAUGAAAGCAUUUACAUUGAAGAGGACAACACCAUGGACAAUGACGACUGCGCAACGGUGACGACAAAAGGAGCAGCCAGCUUUGCCAUGUCUGUCAAAGUUGAUCAAGAAAAGGACUUGGUUAAAGCUAUUGGGACUCUUUACAGAGAAAUGCAACACGAGUUGGAAGACAUGAGGUCGGUUUGGCAAGAUCAACGGGCACAGCAACGAAAAAGACAGCUGGAGGGGGAAAAAGAGAGGCGAGUGGAAGCGGAUGAGGAUCCGCUGUUUCCACCAGCCAGGCUGGACGACAAUAACAACCAGAGCUCCAAUAAUUCUGAUCAUGCUGAGAAGCAGCUUCCUCCGAUAAACCCGCUUGAAGAGAAUGACAGCUUUUUGCUCGCAAAGAUCGAGGAACUGACGGCUCAGAUUGAAACUAUGCAAAACGACCGAGUCAUUCUUUCAGGGUUCAUGGAUCAAUUGGCGCAAGAAGUAAUCCGUGCGGACGCUGCUGAGAGUCACUUCGAGGCCGACCUGGGGAUUGCCAAGGGGACAGUUUUAGUCCAUCCCGAGGAUUGGACAACCUUUGGUGACACGUUCCCAAUCCAUCGUGUCAACGAGUUGGACGAAGAAGCGAGUGUUAAAGAUGGCGGCGAUGCUGUGGGCAGCCCAUCGCUCAAAGAGAAUGACUUAGCGCAUCCUCCAGACACCAACACGCCAGACGACUCGACGGCAGAACAGAGUUCCAAGGAAAAGGCCUUGGAACAGGAAGCAUUUACAACUCCAGUCAAGUCCAACCAGUCCAACAUUCAGAAGGAGAGUGUAUGGCGGAGGUCGGGGCAGUUCCACGCAUCUUACGACAGCGAUGCCGAUAUGAAUUUACCCGUCAACUUGCCUAGGAGCAGAGGUGCAUCUUUUGAUCGGGACACACCUUCGGAUAUCCAUGAAGAAGAUCUAGGAAGCAAGCUCGAGGAAAAACUCAACAAACUGCAAAUAUUUCGAGAAGACAAGGACGAAGAUGACGAUAUCAAUUCCUUUGGAUCGCUGGAACAGAGCAUAUCUUCUAUGGUCUCUUUUGACUCGUUCUUGGCCCGUAGACGCUUCUCGGAGCCCACCAUCUCAUCAUUGACACGCAGCAAACUCCAUGGAGCCCUCCUUUGCCGGAAAACCAAAGACAGCAAGAAAUCGACAUUGGCGCGGGAAGGAGAAGCGCUAUUUGGGAAGAGCGACAGCUCAGCUGGGUUUGAGAAGUCCGUACUCUCUGAUGAAGAAUCCAAGAUGUCGUAUUCUGCCUCUCAAGAUGGCGGAGGCAAGAGACCUCCGGUGCUCGACAGCCAGCUGACCCGAAAACUCGAGUCGCCUUCCUUGGGCUUACAGAUGUCGUUGCCCCGAAAGGUGCCAUCAAUGUCUGUGGACCAGACGGACGAAUCAGCGCUUUCCAGACCAUCUUCGCCGGAGGGAACAGACGACACGGAUCCCAACAAAGGAUACGUUCGACUCUGCUCCAAGCUGCUUCAAUCGGAAGAAGAGCUGCGCCAGACGAAAGUCCAACUGAGCCUGUUAGAUCAGAAACAAAAGCAGCUGGUGUCGGAACUACAUAAUGCGAAGGCCGAGGCACGCAAGUGGGAAGGCGUAUCACGAAACCCGGCCGGUUCCUCCGCCUCUUGCAGAGAUAUAGAAUCAGUCAGUUCGAACCGCGAGAGCAAGCCUCAGGCAAAAGAGGAACCAACAUCCGUUCUGGUAAGAUCGCAUGAGGACACGAACGAGACGGAACCAUGUCAUGAGAAGCAGGAGUCAGCGAAGAAGGACGAAUGUCCUACAACCGAGCGAAAGGAAGCGUUGGAAGAUGUCAUUACAGAAGAAGGAAUGAAGGUCGAGAAUGGCUCUCUAGCUGGCAAUGAGAACGCAGCACAAGAGGUCGAACUGAACUCGCCUAGUACGAAUGCCGAAAACAAAGAAGAUGGAGGUGCAACAAACGAACGUGUUCACCCAGAAGGAACGGUCGAAAGUGAAGGCGGUACCGCAUCGGAUUCAACGAACGAGAGCGGAGAGAUGGUCCCUGUCCCAGCGAACGACAGUACCUCCACAAGCAACAAAGAAGGCAAGGCUGAAAGCAGCACAGCAAAAACAAUUUGGAAAAAGGCGAGCGGAAUGAACAGUAUGUUCGUGGUGAUGAACGGGCGGACGCCAAGUGCGGAAAUUGAAGCCUUGCGUCUCCAAGCGGCGAAUCAGAAUACGCAAGAUGCAGUGCCGGCAUCCAGGCCAUCGAUAAAUCACAAGGCUGGAGGGGACAUUGAAGUUAAACUGUUGGAGAAAGCUGAGGAGUGCGAGAGGCUAACGUCACAAGUCACUUGCUUAGCGGAGCAGCUUGAGCAACAAAUGAGCAACGUGACUCGAUUGGAGGCAGAAGCCGCUGGACAUGUCCGAGAGCGCAAAGCCACCGAAAACCUAACGCAACAGCAGUCAAAGCUGAUUCAAGCCUUGAGAACCGAACGUGACUUGUCCCAAAGGAUUGUGGUCCAAAGGACUGGCGAGCUAGCCAAGAGCAGAGAACAAAUUGAAGUUUUGAAGGCAAAAAUCAAUCAAUUGCAAGGUGACAUGAUGGACUCGAGCAGUGAUGGUAGCGAAGGCAGGUCCACUUCGGGGGCGUCGGGUAGUGCGCUGUCCUCCUCCCCUCGAAUGAGCUCCGGUGCUGUGAAAGCUCGUGUUGAGGGAAUUCGAACUCUCUUUUCACGAGGAAAGCGCUUGGCAUCUGUCGUCGGCAAUAACAAGCAGGACAAGAAGAACUUGCUAUACGCUCCCAUGGAGGGAGAUUGUCACGACGAAGACGAAGACUUGGAUGUGAGUAAGGAGACGGAUGGCGACCAGGACAGACAGCCGACCAAGAAACAAGACACUGGCAUGGUGCCCACCGCGGAUGGAGCAUUUGGCGUGGUGCCUGCUCCCUCAGGAGGCUCUGUAAUCGGUUCCAUUGGUGGUGAUGGCCAAGAUAUGAUGGUGGUUGUGGUGAAGACUGAGUCUGAGGAAGACGAGUCAACGGCAACGUCGGUAGCUACAGGAGCGGCGGUGCCGUUUGUUCAGUUUCAGAGAAAGAACAGCAUGGACUUUAGUGCCCGCGAAGACAUUGAGCUGACCGCCAUCCACAGUUUGACGAAGCGAAUCGAAGAAUUGGAAGAUGAAAAUGCCCGGUUGCGUCGAUCGGGGACGGGUCAACAGGAGCGUCGGGAAUGACUGUAGUACCGGUACAAUCAAGAAUGCUCGGUGUUUGUUGCAAGCUAGCUAUAUAAACAGGUAUACCGAAGUCAUUUUUUUCAGGCCAUACAUCCAAGCUUUACUGUGUCA